AUUCAGGCAGUGAGUGAGCGUGGUUGUGUUUCUCCGUCAGAAGAAGAAAGGUAUGCACUUUGCAGUCAACCAUGGAUGAAGCUCAAUUUCAACGCCUUCUUCAACUCUUCCCCGUCGUCCGGUCUCGCGAUUACUGUGCAGAACCAGAAUCAUCCAGACAAUUUGCAUCUGGGUCAGGACAGGAUGAGGUACUAAAGGAAUGGCAAGAUGCAUGGGAUGGAGGGGAUAAGGAUGUUGAGAAACAAGGAAUUAACCAACAUGAUUCAUUUUGGAGCAAGCUAAGGUCAGAGGCUGCUAGGAAGGUGGGUGAAGAAGAAGCAGACAGAUUUUGCAAGGCGUUCCAACAAAUUCAUAAGAAACUAGUCAAUGAAGAUUUGAGUUUAGAUGCAGCUCAUAGCUUGUUAAACUCAUCCUAGAGUUCCAAAGAAUUACAUGCAUGCACUCCACAUUUCCAUGCGAUUCAGCGAUCAGCCACUGUAAUUCUUGUGUACUGUAUCAACGUAUUUGAUAAUUUAACAUCUAUGACAUUUUGAGUGGUAGAUUAUUUAUAUUUGUAUUGUUAAGA